ACAGCCUUCGGGCUUUCUCUGACCAUACACAUACGGUUAAGGCUACCCACCCUUUGUGGUGGAUCUCUAACCCAAUUUUUUUUUUUCAAUUUUAAUUAUCAAAUUUUACAUUCAAUAAUUUUUGACACUUUUUUUUGUUUUUUUUUUCUUAUCCAUUUUGUCAAAUUCCUCCAAAAAUUUUCCUUUCAUUUAAGAUAAGCUCCCCCAAGAAAAAAUAUCUCAAACACACUCUAAAACUAGCUGCUUCUUCUUCAUAUAGAUUUUUUGUCUUUGGGUUUUGACCCAGAAAAAAAAAAAGAAAAAGCAUAUCCUUCUCAGUAUGGCUUCCACUGCGCUUUCGGCAGCUCUGGAUGUACGUUUCUCUGGCCAUUCCACUGAAACCAAGAGACCCAUCUUCUUCGCUUCACCAUUAAAACAAUUCCCAAAGAAAAGAUUCACCAUUUAUUGCAGUUCCUCCAAGUCUCCACCCAAAUCUCCACCUGAUUUAGCACAACCUAACAACAAGAAGAAAAACCCAUCUUUAUCCGACCAACUCAGACCUUUAUCCAAAACCACUCUCUCCAACACUACCAAAGAGCAAGCUAAUCUCUUAUCCAAGCCAAAGUCUACCUGGGUUAACCCUACUAAGCCCAAGCGUUCUGUUAUUUCCCUUCAGAGGCACAAACGCUCUUCUUCUUCUUACUUGUACAAUUCUCAGGUGAGAGAUCUUAGACGCUUUGCCUACAAGCUCAAUAAUAGUGAUAUCUCUGAGACUGCUUUCCUGGCUGCUCUUGAAGAAAUCCCACACACACUCACUAGGGAUAAUGCGCUUUUGAUACUCAACCUUUUGAAGCCAUGGCAGAAAACCCAUAUGUUUUUCAAUUGGGUUAAGACCCAGAAUCUGUUUCCCAUGGAAACUAUAUUCUAUAAUGUUGCAAUGAAGUCUUUAAGGUUUGGGAGGCAGUUUCAGCUCAUUGAAGAGCUUGCCCAUGAGAUGAUAAGCAAUGAGAUUGAGCUUGACAAUAUCACAUACUCCACCAUUAUUACUUGUGCUAAAAGGUGCAAAGAUUUUGAUAAGGCUGUGGAUUGGUUUGAGAGGAUGUACAAGACUGGUAUGAUGCCUGAUGAGGUUACUUACUCUGCUAUUCUAGAUGUUUAUGCCCAACUGGGGAAGGUUGAGGAAGUGCUCAAUUUGUAUGAAAGAGGGAGAGCUAGUGGAUGGAAACCAGACCCCAUAACAUUCUCUGUUUUGGGAAAGAUGUUUGGUGAAACUGGGGACUAUGAUGGUAUCAGAUAUGUUUUGCAAGAGAUGAGGUCUAUUGGGGUGCAGCCUAAUUUGGUUGUGUAUAAUACAUUGUUGGAAGGAAUGGGUAAGGCUGGAAAGCCUGGUCUAGCAAGGAGCCUGUUCGAGGAAAUGCUUGAAUCAGGUCUUACUCCGAAUGAGAAAACACUGACAGCGCUUGUCAAAAUCUAUGGCAAAGCCAGAUGGGCUCGAGAUGCUAUGGAAUUAUGGGAACGAAUGAAGUCUAACUCUUGGCCUAUGGAUUUCAUUUUGUAUAACACAUUGUUGAAUAUGUGUGCGGAUCUCGGAUUGGAGGAAGAAGCCGAGAAGCUGUUUGAGGACAUGAAGCAAUCAGAGCAUUGUCAACCAGAUAGCUGGAGCUACACAGCUAUGCUCAACAUAUAUGGAAGUGGAGGGAAUGUUGACAAGGCAAUGGAAUUGUUUGAAGAGAUGCCUAAGGUGGGUGUUGAGCUCAAUGUGAUGGGUUCCACUUGUUUGAUUCAAUGCUUGGGAAAAGCCAAGAGGAUCAGUGAUAUGGUUAGAGUUUUUAGCAUUUCAAUGGAAAGAGGGGUUAAGCCAGAUGACAGGCUCUGUGGUUGCUUACUCUCUGUUGUAUCAUUAUGUGAGAAUGAGGAAGAUGAGGAUAAGGUGGUGGCUUGCUUGGAGCAGUCAAAUCCAAGAUUGGUUGCUCUUAUCAAACUACUGCAAGAAGAGAAUACUAGUUUUGAAACCAUUAAAGAUGAAUUCAGGAGUGUUAUUGGAAACACAGCAGUCGAAGCCCGAAGACCCUUCUGUAAUUGUUUGAUCGAUAUAUGUCGGAUCAAAAAUCUUGAUGAGAAAGCUCAUGAGCUUCUCUAUCUGGGAAUUCUAUAUGGGUUAUAUCCAGGUUUGCACAACAAGACAGCGGAUGAAUGGUGUCUGGAUGUUCGAUCACUAUCGGUAGGUGCAGCUCAUACUGCACUAGAAGAGUGGAUGGGUACACUCUGCAAAAUCGUUCAGCGGAAAGAGGCAUUGCCGGAGUUGUUCUUGGCUCAAACUGGGACAGGAACUCAUAAAUUCUCUCAAGGACUGGGCACUUCCUUUGCUGCUCAUGUGAGAAAGCUUGCAGCACCAUUUAAGCAGAGUGAAGAGAGAGCUGGUUGCUUUGUGGCAUCAAGGGAGGAUUUAGUGUCCUGGGCGAACUCCAGACUUUCUACUAUUACAGCCUAGGUGAGAAGAAAACCAAACUGUAAUUGCCUAAUAUGUUUAUACUUUUUGUAAUUUUUAUUCCAUCAUUUUUAGCUUUCAGAUUUCAAAGUUAUUCUUUGGAUUCCUAUUUUACAA